AUGCGUCCCUCGAAGGCACUGUACCUUCUGGCUGCUAACAGCCUAUGUAUAUCGACCGCUGUGGCUCUUGAUCGGACUCGUUCCCAAUUCAAGCACUGGUUUCCGACUAUCGAGCAAUUUGCUAAACACCGGUUCGAAGAUGCAUGCCCUGAGCAGUACGCGAACUACUUUAAUGAAUCGCUCCCUGAUGAAAAUGGGGCGCAUGUACACUCACAAGCCUUGAUGAACUGUAUUCUGGAGGAAUAUGGAGAACUAAAUAUGGCAGGCAUGGCUGUAACAGCUAUCCUUCUGGCCCUUCUACCUUCGGGUCUUGUUCAGUUCGGACCCAGCAUGGCUGAGAUCAGCAUUCUCAGCACUCGGAGACCAGUUCUUGCCACACUUCUGGGCUUCGGAUUGAUGUCACCAAACCCUACUGAGUUCGAAUAUGAGGAGAUCCUGGAGAAAGCAAGCAACGGCGGUGCUCCACUUAUACCGAUACGUGCUUUAGACGGGAGAUACUUCAUUGCCAAGGUCCUUAUCUCUCUUGUUGAGUAUAUCAUUGCAAUGACAGCAGCAGGAAACCUUUUCUAUCAAGUCUAUCGGUUCACAUAUCAGUCCAUAUCCUUAGCACCAUUGAUGGUAUACCUCUAUGGUUUGCCUGAAGCAGCCACACUCUUUGGGUGGGCUUCUCUCAACUUGCCACUUUAUCUACUCAGUUUUGGCGUCUUCGCCCUGGCCUUCCGUCGAGUGAGACCCAAGUCGGGAUACAGCAGAGGGGGGAAUCGCUUGAUGCAGUUGAUCACUACUGAGCUGACUCCCUGCGGCCAAGGGAGAGACCUGAAGAUUGAGCGCCGACCGAAUCGACAAUUCCUGCAACAGUUUCUUGGGAUGGCAGUCAGACUGUUUUCCGGACUUCAUAUCAUCGUUGGCACUGUUCUCAUUGGCAGCAUUGUUCUUAUCCCAAUCGCGGACUCACUACCCCUUAUCUACUCUUUUGUAUUCGCAGCUAUAUUUACUCGGGCUGUAUUGAGCUUCGAGUUGAAUGGUUUGGCUAGGAAGACGACUAUUGUAUCAACAGGAACCGCUGGCCAGAUUGACAAUCAAGUUUAUGAGACACAUGCUCUUGAACCCAAACGCUAUAAUAGCCUAGGCCAGUCUGAUUAG